AUGGCCAAGUUAACAUUCCAGAUACUGAAGCAAUUGCUACUUGCCCACGUGAUUCCUGUUGAUUUCCAAGCCAUUGAGAGGGCAAAAUUCAAUUUGUUGCUUCGUGCUGAGUCAAUGUCCUGUCGAGAUUUCAUCCUGUUGCUCAAAAAACAGGCUUCCAAGGGCAAUUAUGGAAACAGGCUGGAGGAGCAAUUAUGUGAUCGCCUUAUUGCAGACAUUACCAAUACAACUCCUGUGAGAAAGUUGCUUGAGAAAAAAGAUCUAACAUUUUCCGAUGCUCGGAGGAUAUGUGAGCAGCAUGAUGAUCUCACUGCAGAGAUAUGGUGA